GUCCAGUUCUGGUGUACUGUGUUGAGUCAACACGUUCUGGUAUAUUCAGGAUGAAUCUGUCUUUUCUUGUGCUGUGUGUGCUACUGUCUGCCUCCAGCUGCUCAGCUAACAAAGGUGUGCGGACUGGCACACGAGUAGCAGCAGGAUCUCAGUCAGUGACUCUUCAGCCCUGGUUGGUGGGUUUGACAGCUGUAGUUGGUUUCCUCUUCAUCGUCUUCACCAUCCUCCUCAUUCACAGACUACUGAGGAAGAACAGGGAGGAUGAAGAGGGCUUGGGUUUUGACAACAAAGCUCUAGAGAUGGAUGAAGGAGACACUAAACAAACCAGUCUGUAGAAACGCAACCCAUCGAUUCCAAGUCACCUGCUCAAUAAGUGCUCUUUCCACUGAAGGAUAUGGCUGCUUUAAAUUCACUGUUGUCAUAAAGAGUU